GCAACCGUUCUCGGCAGAAGGAAUCCAAUUUGGCUUUUUAUCAAUUCAACGCCAACGAACCGACCAACCCAGUCAAACUGGAUUUUACAUUCUUUUUCUUUCCACGGCCUUUCAUUACUAUAUAUAUAUAUAAAAUUCUAAAUGCUUCGACUUGUUCAAGACCACCGCAUGCUUCGCGUACGACAAGCCACCGGAGGAACUGGAGCGCAAGGGGGUGCCUCGCAGAGCACAGAUACAGGCAGUGGGACUGGUGCUUCGUCUGCCUCAACAUCGCAGGCUUUCUCACCGUCGGCCACAGCGUCGAGCUCAGGUACGUACUCAGUGCUCUUCAUCGAGCUGUGGACCUUGACCGUGGAUCAGGCACUUCGGGGCCUACGACCUCUGCAUCGGCCAGUAGCGAGUCCUCGUCUACCCAGACACCGUCGUCGACCUCGUCGCCAACCACGUCUUCUUCGUCUUCAUCGUCGUCGGCCACCUCGACAACAUCUGUGGAAACGACAACAACGACCGCUACCACGGCAAGCAAUACCUCCACCUCCACCUCCACCUCGACCGCUACUACUGCCUCCUCAUCUUCUACUUCAAGCUCUGCAUCUACCACUCACACCUCAACAUCGACUUCUGCCACCAGCGCCGCCACAUCGACCAGCGCCACCUCGUCAGAUACCAAUGUGGAGACCACAUCAGCAGCAGCAGAUGAAUCGUCUACGGGGAGCUACACGACAUACACUUAUACCCAGACGAGUUCGUACCGUACUGUGACCCGCGUUGGCACUUCGGAGCUACCAGGCUCGACUGUCAGUGCCGGAUCAUCAGGGUCGACUUCUAGCUCGCUCAACACCAAGGCCCUCGCUGGAGGGAUAGCAGGUGGUCUUAUCGGCUUGGCCAUUCUAGGAUUCGGUAUAGCGUUUGUCCUGGUAAGUGUCUUUACUUUUUUUUUUUUUCGUUGCCACUGGCAUGCGACCGGUUUCGUUCGACCGAGGUUUCGCCUUUCAGACGGCCGACGGUUUCAGGGCCGAGAUGGGUGCCUUUUUUCAG